AUGGCUUUUAAGAUUGUUGUUCUGUUCGCUACCCUGGCUUGUGCCAGCGCCGGUUACGUCGAACCGGAACAUCAUCAUCUGUCCUACGAGGCGGCACCCGUCGCACACUACUCGUCUGCUCCGGCUGUGAGCUACAGCUCGAUCACCCGCCAGGAUACGCCGAAGCUGGCCGUGGCCAAGCACGUCGCGUAUGCCGAACCGGCAGUGCACUAUGCUGCCCCGCUCACCAAGACGUACGCCGUCCAUGAGCCCGCCCUGAAGACGGUCGUCACCGCUCACCAGCCCGCCUACACCAAGCACGUGUACGCCCAGGAACCGGCCCAUGUGUAUGCCCAUGCCGCCCCGGUUGUUGCCGCCAAGACCGUGUCCUAUGCCGCACCGCAGGUCCACUACCAGGCACCGCUGCUGAAGAACGUCGAGUACACCAAGACGCUGGCGUACGCACCGGUUGCCAAGACGCUCGUCCACGAGCCAACCUACACCAAGCACGUCGUUGCCGAGCCGGCCUAUACGAAGACGCUCCUUGCCCAGCCGGCCUACACCAAGACCGCGUACGUUUCGCAGCCAACGUACACCAAGACGCUGGUCGCUGAGCCCCAGCCGCUGUACCAUCACAGCUCCCCGGUUUACGCGCACGCCGCACCGGUUGUUGCUGCCAAGACGCUGAGCUACGAACCCGCUGCCCAUGUGUCGCACGUCAGCUACGCCGACAACAGUGCCCAUUACGCCUGCUCGUUCGAUCUGAAGUCAUCGCCGAUCGCAGGCAACGGGCUGGUACACACGAACGGUGCACCGUACGCGGUAAAAGGUUCGACCGAUCACGCAGCGGUUGGGUACGAAACGAAGCCAGUAAUUAGUACGGUUUACGCAGCACCGAUCACGAAAACGUUGACCUACAGCAGUGCUCCCAGCCAUCAUUAUGUCGCUCCCGUACAGGUGCGGGAGUGUGCGCAUAAGCUCGUCACACCGGUACAAACCUCAGUAACGUACGGUGUACCGACCACGGCAAGCCAAACUGGCUGGAGUCAUUCGGGAUCUUCCGGGUCGGGAUAUCAACAAUCGCACACUACACUAGCCCAAAAAGCCCCUGUAGGUUCCUAUGGUACGAGUUCGACGGUCGGACAUACGGUAUCCCACCAUUACUCCACACCGGCGUCAAGUAGCAUAAUUUACACACCACCCAAAAUAGCUCAAACAAUCACCACUGGUGCUUACGGUGGUUCUUUUGGCGGUUACAAGGGACACAGUCAACCGGCCCCUAUCAUAGAAACUCUGGUUGACGUAGCACCUCCAAAGCUAAUCCACGCGCAACCAUCCCCAUCCUAUGGAGUUCCCGCGACAGACUCCAAUUUCCAUCCGAUCUCUCAGAUCACACCCGUCACUAGUCUGCACGGUAUCGCACCAAUCAAAACGACAUCCAACUACGUAGCAACGGGAAGUCAUGCCACAUCGCACCAAUAUAAAGCAGCCACCAUUCCGGUGAAGUCUACCCCAGCGUACUUUAUUGCACCCGGGCUUGCCACAUCGGGAAGUGCUUCGUGGAGUGAAGCAUCCAAAAACCAUGGCCAUAGUUUUACUACCACCCACAGCAGUACCAACGCGCAGCAGUAUUUACCCCCGAAGGCGACCGUAAUUGCUCCAAUUGCUGUAACAUCCUUCGCACAUUCAUCGUCGAAGGAUACCCCACCCAGUCCAUCUCGUGAAUAUCUGCCCGCGCGCGAAUAUCUUCCACCGCCGCAGGGCAUUAAAGGUACUGCUGCUUACGUUACUACCGGUAGUGUUGGAUCCGUUUCGUACGAGGUACCGCAGAAGCUGACUUAUCAUUCAGGUACUAAGCUCAUCGGCAGUAACACAUCUUACCAGAACGCAAACGAGGGCAUAAUGGCAUUCAAGUUCGUCGUUUUCCUGGCUUCGCUGGCCGUCGCUAGCGCUGGAUAUCUGGAGGCUGACCAUGCCGUCCAGUAUGCCGCCCCGGUGGCCCACUACUCGCCGGCUUCGGCCGUGAGCUACAGCACCAUCUCGCAGGCUGCUCCGGCCAAGCUGGCCUAUGCUGCCCCGGUUGCCAAGACUGUCUCGUACGCCGCCCCGCAGGUCUAUGCCGCCCCGCAGGUGUAUGCCGCUCCUCAGGUCUAUGCUGCCCCGGUUGCCAAGACUUACCUGUCCAGCCCGGCCGUUGGUGCCACGCACGAGAGCACCAUCCGCUCGCACGACAGCACCAUCUCGCACUACUCCAAGGCCGUCGAUACUCCGUACUCGAGCGUCCGCAAGUCUGACACCCGCAUCACCAACGAGCUGCCCAAGCUGGCCUAUGCUCAGCCCGUCCUGGCCAAGCAGGUUGCCUAUGCUGCCCCAGCUGUCCACGCGACCUAUGCUGCCCCGGCCGUCCACCAGACCUAUGCCCAUGCUGCCCCAGCUGUGACCUACGCUCAUGCCGCUCCGGCCGUCCACACCACCUAUGCUGCCCCAGCUGUCCACACCAGCUACUCGCAUGCUGCCCCGGCCGUCCACACCACCUAUGCUGCCCCAGCUGUCCACCAGACCUAUGCCCAUGCUGCCCCAGCUGUGACCUACGCUCAUGCUGCCCCGGCCGUCCACGCCACCUAUGCUGCCCCGGCCGUCCACGCCACCUAUGCCGCACCGGCCGUCCACCAGACCUAUGCCCAUGCUGCUCCGGCUGUCCACACCUCCACCAAGACGCUGACCUACUCCCCAGCGGUCCAGGUUGCGCACACCACCUACGAGGAUGCCCAUGCUCAUUAUGCCUGGUAA